UCUCCCCUCCCUCCUGUCUCUCCCCCCUCCCCUCUGUCACCUCCCUCCCUCCUCCCCUUCCUCAUCCCUCCUGCCUCCCUCCAUCAUCUCUCCUCCAUCUCCUCUCGUCGGCGGCAGGACUGAAGGAUGGACGUGGUAAACCAGCUGGUGGCCCAGGGUCAGUUCAGGGUGAUCAAGCUUCCUCUGGGUUUCAUCAAGGUCCUACAAUGGUUCUUCGCUAUCUUCGCCUUCUCCACAUGCGGGAGCUAUUCUGGGAUGUUCCGGAUCGCAGUGGAGUGUAAGAACCGGACAGAGAGCGAUCUGAGUAUAGAUGUGGAUUUUGAGUACCCAUUUAGACUCCACCAGGAGUACUUCAGGGCCCCCACCUGUAAAGAGGAGAGCAAGCAAACAGUCUUCCUUGUGGGUGACUACUCUUCCUCCGCCGAAUUCUUCGUCACUAUCGGAGUCUUUGCCUUCCUUUACUCCACAGCGGCUCUCAGCAUCUACGUCUUCUUCUUCGAAAAGUACAAGGAGAACAACAAGGGCCCACUGGUUGACCUGGGAGUGACUGCCGUGUUUGCCUUCAUGUGGCUGGUGAGUUCAGCAGCGUGGGCCAAAGGUCUGUCCGAUGUGAAGACAGCCACCAACCCGGAUGGGGUCAUCACCCAGAUCAACGCCUGCCAGGAAAAGGGAAACGAGUGCCGCGAGGUCCACGACCCAGUCAUGUCUGGACUCAACACCUCUGUGGCAUUUGGGUUCAUUAACCUGAUCCUGUGGGUGGGAAACCUCUGGUUCGUUUUCAAGGAGACAGGAAUCAUCGCUCCCUUCAUGCGUCAGCCACCUCCUGAAGGGAAACCUGCUCCUGACGCCUAUGGCCAGCAGGGGGCAUAUGAGCAAGACCCCUACGCCAGUAGCCAGGGGGGCUACCAACCAGACUACAACCAGCAAGGAUACAACCAGGAUGCAGAGUACGGCCAGCAGGGGGCACCAACCUCCUUUUCCAAUCAGAUGUGAGCUGACAGGAAGCAGGAAGCCUCGGAGUGAACCAGCAGUGGGUCGCCUGCAACCUACCCACAAUGCAACACUCCUGUCUCCUGCAAUCUAAAUGGGUAGUGUGGGAGGGAGAGGGAGGGGGUGGGAGGGUCUUAAAUGUUCACGAUAGUGAAUUUAUGUGUAAAAAUGACAACAAAAGAGAAUUUUGAAAAGAAAUGCACAACUUAAACGAACCACCAAACAACAACAUCAGUAACGGCGUUGGUUAGACGCCAGAGACGUUGGUCAGAGAUAUUCACAUUAAAGUCGUGAUCCGUGGAGCGAAUGUAUGUUUGUGUUGUGUAGAUAUCACUGAACAGAUAUAUUAUAUAGACUCAACUGUUUCUUCUUGUUUCCUAUUGAACCCAAGAAUCUGCCCCGCCCUUCGUUCUAAGCCCCGCUCUUACACCCACACACUCGCCAGGUAGUCACGAAGCUGCUCACACUGCGCUCUCCAAUCCGACCCCAAUCAGAGCCACACCAACAAACAGGAUCGAAACCGAUGACCGGCGCAUCCGACGGCAUCACCUCCCCGCCGUUUGUCUUGCUGCAUGUAAAUAUCCCCACAGGAAGUGAUGUCAUCAUGGACUCGCAGCCGAUCCGGUUUAGAGUACAGCUUCACGGUGGAAACCGGACCCAAACUGGUUCCUGGUCCUUUCGGUUAUAUAAAUGAGCUCUGUUCUGCUGUCUGUGACGUCCCGCUGGACAAACGUCCGUCUGAAGGGUUAUUACGGUUCAAACUUGCGACACUGCUUCACCCACAAUAAUAAUAAUAAUAAUAAUUAUGACAUUUUAAAUAAUACAUUUAAUCCUUUGAGUUUACACAGAAUCCUGAGAACCCUGGUGCCCUGCUCUGAUUGGUCAGCUCCCGUAGCCUGAUCAGGCACUGCCCACCUGACUUCAUAUUUCAGUGGAGAAAGUUACCCAGAAAGAAAUCUGACCUCUAACAGGACCUAUUUUUUUAAUGAAUGUUGAAAGUUCUGUUAUGUUGAAAAAAAAAUGACAUUAGCAGCUAAUGCUAACUGAUCCCAUGUGCACAUUUACACAAACUAACACUUAAAAGCGGAACAUUCAAUGUGAUUUAUCGGUAGAAAUUCAAGAUUAUUUCCACAUGUGGAAGGAUUGAGAACUAAGACUCAGAACUGUUGAUCAUCCAGAGAUGCUUGAUUAGGCGCCACUACAGUGUCUCCAGCACACCUGGUGGGAAAGCCUCAGGUAAGGAUAUUCACCACUAAAAAAGAUGAUAUGAAGGAGCUUCCAGUUUGUCUGUUCACCAUCUGAACCAUGACCUCCCGCCCACCGACCGCCUAGAGUCUGGAGUUAUAAUCUUCAGACGGAUGUUUGGUUUGCAGACUUAAGAGUAGCUGUUUUUACUCUCAGCCAAUCACACGUUCUCCCGGAAAGUGCUGAUUCUGAAAAGCCUAAAUGCAUCUUCCUCUUCCUUCCUCUUCCUCUUUCUCAGUUGUUUUUCUAGACAGUGAAACUGUUUUUGGCGUCGGUAUCUUCCUCCGCAUGGUGAUGUGUUUUCUGCUCGUGUAAUACAGUACCUGACGAUCAGUGUGAGUCUACUUCCUGUUUCCUGUAAAAGUGUGUGCGUGUGUGUGUGCGUGAGUGUGUGAGUGCGGUCAUUACCUCGUUAUCACUCACUGUGUUUUUAUUCCUCUCUUUCUCCAUCAUCCUCUGUUUCUAUGCCUCGUUUCCACCCUGCCUUUUUGUUUUCUCAUUUUCUCGUCAUUCUUUGUGAUGCUCCUCUCAGCCUUUGUGAUGUAACUUCCUGUGAGAUGAUAUUGUAUCCACCAUCAGUAACCAUGGUGACGGUUUUGACAGUGAUGAUGAUGAUGAUGAUGUGCGUGACUUGUUGCUAUGGAGAUGCCCCCUGCUGCGUGUAUUCAGUGGAAAAUUUCAAUAAAUGAGAAUCU